AUGGAAGGCAGCCUCGGGAUCUUGUACGUGUGCGGGGAGCAGACUGACGGCGAGAUCAAGAUCGCUGAGGGUCUUCUCGGACGCAAAGUGCGCGGCGUCUGCGGCGCCUACGACCGCUUCGUGGCUCUUGUGGACGCGUGGGAGCUCGACUGGCCAGCAGUUGACGGAGGAGGAGGGGGCGACGAAGCUGCGGCGCUGGAGAGUCAACUGGUGGCGGAAGGGCUGCAGGACGUCAAAGUCCACAGCGUUGCAGUGGGCAAGAACCACCGCGUCGCGCUCUCGCUGGACGGCCAACUGUUCUCCUGGGGCCGCCCUGGAGCUGCGCUGCCCAGUAGCGAGCUCGGCCACAAGCAUGGGACGACGAUGGCGCAGAACUACUACCGAGUGAAGACUCCCGGGCCGGAGGUCGAUGGCCCAGACAAGCGCGAGUUAGCUUCGGCCAAGUCAGCUCAAGCUCUGGCUCGGCCGCUGACGACGGUGACGGCUACAGCUACUGGCACUCCGCAUCGAGUGGUGACGGCGCCCGAGCUCUUCUUCUCGCAGGUUUCUUGCGGCAAACACCACUCGGCCGCAGUCACGGACGGCGGGGACAUUUACACGUGGGGAAGGAACUUCGAGGGGCAACUCGGCCAGGUGUUCAAGACGCUGCCCAAGGAGGUGAACGCGGUCUUCAACGGCAUCUGCGCGUGGCCCAAGUACGUCGGCUUCUUCCUGGGCAAGCCUCGCGUUGUAUCUGCCUGUUGUGGUAACACCUUCACUGCAGUGUUGCUCGCCGACGGGAGCGUGUAUCUCCUUGGAGGCAGCUCGCUUCGACCUGCCAGUAAUGCCAACAGGAGUCCGAAUGCCCCUGGGGUCAGCACCCUCAAUUUGAUCCUGGACAAGGGCUCAAAUGGUGAACCGUUCGUCGGAAUCGCCUGUGGAUACGACCACGUUCUCGCAGUGACAACCGCGGGUGAAAUGUUCUCGUGGGGGUUGAACACUUUCGGCCAGCUUGGACACGGUGGGAAGACUGGAAGGGGGGAAGCUGAAGUCAAAGGGGGGAACGCUCUCCCAAGCGCUGUAAAAUGCGAUAGAACCGUCAAGUGGGCGAAGGUUUUCGCAGGCGGCAACUACUCCGCAGCUCUAACUGUAGCCAAUCAACUGUUCACGUGGGGGAACGGCAGCUACGGGAAGCUGGGGCAUGGGGGCAAGUCACGCAAAUACGACUGCGAGUUUGUCCCACGACGUGUGGAGUAUCUGCAGCACACCGUCAUUGGGUCGGUGGUCUGUGGAGAUCGCAACCUCUUUGCGUUCGCUCCGACGUGCAUCUCGGAGAUCGCCCCUGUCUGCGGGGAACACGUCGGCGGCUACGAGCUGCGGAUACGCGGCAGCGGGUUCUGGCCCAGCGACAACAUGACAGUGCGGUUUGUGCCGCUGAACGACGGCCGACUCAUGCGUGGCAUGCUCGGCACGUUCAAUGAGGCCACGGGGGAGGUUCUGUGCCAGGUGCCGAAGUUCCGAUUGCCUGGAGGAUACGCCGUCGAGGUUUCCAUGAACGGCAAGCACUUUACGUCGAAUGAGCGGGUCUUCACGGUGUUUAAGCGUCCUCAGGUGGCCGCAGUGUCCGUCUUUGAUACCCGAUUCUCAGGAGAGGAAGAGAUCACGAUGUCCUUGUGCGGCAGCCUCCCGGAGAUCUCUCGGCGCCCCAUUGUGCGCUUCGUGCGCUCCUUUGACGAGCGUCCAGAGAGCGUGAAUGAAGCGGAGGAGACCGAGUACGAUCCGUCCGAUAUCACCGGUCGAUUGCUGCGGUUGAAGGCGCCUAUUAUACCGGACAACGGAGAGGGCAUCGCACCCUACGUACUCGAGAUCUCGUACGAUGGAGGGCUCAUAUUUGCGCCAGUGUGCGUUGACCCGACGCUUGUGAAGCAGAAGGAUGAAAAUGCAGACAAAGUCGAACAGGAGGAACUAUCUCACCCCUUCAGCUAUUCCCGUAAAUUAGACGAGCCUCGACCUGCGUUGCCCCACGUUAUCUGGGCCCACGACGCGCAACUUGUCCGCGUUGUCCCCAACUCGUUCCUCACUAACGACCUGCCACAGACGAUCAAGAUCAUGCCAAGCGCCUCGGCUGUUCUCCCCAUCGACAGUGUCGAAGGAAACCUCAUCGUGUGCUCCAUCCCUCCGCUGUCCGAGUGGAAAUGCACUGCACCGACUAACCCGAAGCUCCAGGGGCUAUCAGCCGAAUGGUGGAGGGCGCUCUCCAAGACGGGCUUUGUGUCCAAACUUCGCGUGUCCAUGAACGCCGGGAGGACCUUCGUCCCUGCUCAGCUGCUACUCGGGGGAAGAAGCUUCUCCACGGCAGCGCAGAUAUUUGGGAUGCUGGCGCCUGGACGCUUAUUGAGCCUUUUUCCUAGCGUCGGAAUGGUCCCGGGCGGCACUCAGGUGUCGGUUGCUGGCGAUUUCUUCCACUUCGACACACAAGACGCCGCAGUCAAGUUACAGUGGAGAGAGAGCUGCUUGGUAGUGCCCGCAGUCUGCUUGCGACCUGAAGAAGCUUCGGGCGAAGCGAGCUCCACGAAUCGCCGUGUCGUCUUCAGAACGCCGCCGCUGCCGUUCCCCGAUGAUUCGGCCACAGCUGCGGCCAUGGCGGUGGGAAUGGUGCUGGGAACACGCGAAGAGGUCACGGUAUUCGUGUCGCUGGACGGCGAGCACUUCACCGACGCCGGAUUGAGUUUCGUGUACUGCGCUGUCCCGGAACUGAGUGGAAUUUCUCCGCAGGAGGCGGAAGCUGGCGCCACAAUGGUGCUGGCAGUUUUGCCUGUCGAAAUCGACGAAGCCGCUCGAACAGCCGAGUUUGUACUGCCAGAGCUACCUGUUAGCGCGGACGAACGAGUUCAUGUCGCGCUAUCGCUCAACGGUCAAGAGUUCUCGGAGGGUAUAAUGGAUCCAUCGCCGGAGUCGAACGGGGGAGGGGUGAGCUUCCUCUACAAAGCUUCAGCAACUCCAGCAGCUGAAGGGUAA